UAUACACACGCACUGUCCACUUGGAGUGGCUACUACACGCUGAGAGCUAGCAACACAACAACCACUGCAAAAACCCUGGUCUCUGGCAAUGGAGCCGUGAUCUCGGUCUGCUGCCUUCCUCCACGUGAAGAAACGCACCGGGACGCCUCUGCUCUUUUUACGCACGUUUUGCCUCGGUGUUGGAGUGAACAUUUGAACUACGCCUGUGUGUUCCUGGAUUUGCCGAAGAGAUGUGGAGACUGACUAACAUCAUUGCCUGUAUACUUGUGCUGUCUAAACAUUGUACUGCACAGAAUAAGAUAUUUGGCGAGACGGAUGAGGUGCGGAUGACGUCGGAGGGCUCGGACUGCCGCUGCAAGUGCAUCCUGCGGCCGCUGACGCGGGACGCGUGCAGCCGCCUGCGGAGCGGCAGCGCGCGGGUGGAGGAUUUCUACACCGUGGAGACGGUGAGCUCCGGCUCCGACUGCAAGUGCUCCUGCACCGCGCCCCCAUCCUCUCUCAACCCCUGCGAGAACGAGUGGAAGAUGGAGAAGCUCAAGAAGCAGGCCCCCGAGCUGUUCAAGUUGCAGUCUAUGGUGGAUCUGCUAGAGGGAACCCUCUACAGCAUGGACCUGAUGAAAGUACACUCCUACAUCAACAAGGUGGUCUCCCAGAUGAACAACCUGGAGCAGACCAUCAAGAUGAACCUGACCAGGGAGAAUGACUUUGUGAGAGACAGCGUCACCAGCCUCACAGACCAGCUGAAGAAGUAUGAGAACUACUCAGACAUCAUGAUGAGCAUUAAGAAGGAGAUCUCUGGCCUGAGCCUUCAGCUCUUACAGAAGGAUGGCGCAUCAUCAGAGAGCAAAGCCCAGGAAACAGCUGCAGGGAAGACCAAAGAGACUGGCAAGUUUCCCGCCAAAACUGCCCCGGGCCCCAAACCGCCCGCCAAGCCUCCCAAGGAGAAGCCAAUGAAGCCCAAGAAGGAGACCGUGAAGCCUGCUAAGCCGGCGAAACCUGACACCGCAUCCAAGGCCAAGGGUCCGGGCCAUCAGCCAGCAGUCGUCAGGGGCAUCACGUACUAUAAGGCAGAUGACAUUGAGCAUGGAACGAGCAGCAAAGCCAAAAUCAAUGCCCUCGAUGACGAGGAGCGGGUUCUCUCCGAGGACGCGGCCCUGGAGCCCGACACCACCCCAAAGACCACCACCACAGCGUCCACGACCAUACCCACAACCACGACCACAACUACAACUACAACUACAACCACCACCACUGCCCGUACCACGACCACCACCACAGCCAGGCCAGAGACACCGGUGCCCACCAUCAUGUUAGUGCUGGAUAACACUGACAACAGCAGCCUGUCUUUGGCGAACCAUGCAGAGAAGGGGCCAGUCUGUGAAGGCACUAUUGCUUCUGUGGAUACACCAGAGAAACACAACAGCUACGGCCGCAACGAAGGGGCAUGGAUGAAAGACCCUGUCGCCAAGGACUCCAAGAUCUAUGUCACCAACUAUUACUAUGGCAACAACCUAGUGGAGUUCCGGAACCUUGACAAUUUCAAACAAGGCCGGUGGAGUAACCUGUACAAGCUUCCCUACAACUGGAUCGGGACGGGCCACGUGGUGUACAACGGUGCCUUCUACUACAACCGGGCAUUCACCAAGAACAUCAUCAAGUACGACCUGAAGAUGCGCUACGUGGCGGCCUGGGCCCAGCUCCACGACGUGGUGUACGAGGACACCACGCCCUGGAAGUGGAGGGGUCACUCGGACAUCGACUUCGCCGUGGAUGAGAGCGGGCUCUGGGUCAUCUACCCGUCGGUGGACUACGACUACUCCCAGCAGGAGGUCAUCGUCAUCAGCAAGUUAGACCCGGCGGACCUGUCGCUCAAGAGGGAGACCACCUGGAAGACAGGGCUCAGGCGCAAAUCCUACGGCAACUGCUUCAUCGUCUGCGGGGUGCUGUACGCCGUCGACGUCUACAACCAGAGGGAGGGCGAAGUGUCCUACGCCUACGACACCCACACAAAUACGGAGGCCACCCCUCGCCUGCCCUUCAUCAACGAGUACGCCUUCACCACCCAGAUUGACUACAACCCCAAAGAGAAGGUGCUCUACGCCUGGGACAAUGGCCACCAGCUCACCUACAACAUACGCUUUGUGGAGCAGCCGCAAGGUCGCGAUUAGAGCUCUGCACCGCUGGGACUGCCUGCCCUGCUCCUCCAUCAACUCCAUCCUAUCA